AUACAAACUGCCAGAUCAAGAUGGCGAGAGAAUUUCGCGCACAGACGAAAGUUCUCGCGGCAAAUUUAAGUUGUCAAAACGUUUGACCUGCACCGAUGUGAAUUAGGUCCGCAAGCCCCAAAUUGGUUCAAACUACAAAUCAAGUUGGUUGGAAUAGUGAUGGCAGAGUCCUAUGCUGCAUCCGAUGAGAGCAGAGAUGGGCCAAGCAUGACUGCCGACCUUAAGGAAUAUGAGGUGCAGUUCUUUGGGUUCACCCCCAAGUCCUUCAUUGAUGGAGUUCACAAUGCCCUGGUGGAUUAUCUCAAUGACUCCAUUGAAGUCAUGGAGAAAUACUUGUUGGAAGAGGCUGAAGCCACCUCCAAUCCUGUAUCGCGUGAGUGUGUCAGAGAAGCAUCAGAUAAAUUAUUCGGCCACUUCCUGAAGGCGGUCGACAAGAACUUUGACCGUCUGGAGUCCUACCUCAAAAAGAACCUGUUCCACAUUCCUAGCAACGUGCUCCUGCCCGAAGAUGCUGUACAUUGGCAAGAUUACAGUGCAAAGGAUGAUGCAAAAUUAGAUGCUGAUCUAGAGAAUUUACGGCAACAAGUCAGAAACUCGCUCUACGUCAACGCUAGGCUGCGGCAGUGGCUUCAGGAGGCCGAGGUGGCCCAAGCCCAGUUGGACGGUUUCUUGCUCCGAGUCAACAACCUUCAUCAAAUACUCAGCAAGGCCAAGAUUUCCGACCUCAGCGAGUCCAUCAUCUUCACCGCUGGCAAGGCGCGGAAGCUGAAAGAACAGCUCAACUUGGUCCUGGAGCAGAACUUCAGGGAAUCGCAGGAACGGCAAUUCACCAACUUGCCUGCUGCUAUGCCUUCAAAACUUUGCAAUCCGAACAGUGAGUGAGGCACCAUACCGUUAAAGGCAAACACCGAUUUUGCCCAAGGGGCACCGUAAUCUCUGAAUGCUACAAGCCUACUUUGGCUGAAAACCCUACCAGACACACCAAAACUGCAUCAUUUGCCAAAGUGGCUUGCCAGUCCAGAGUAACGAGAUCCAACGGGUCAACUCUCCCCGAGCCCCAAGGCCAAACAGCCUGGGAGUCUGUAAUUGCCAGUCACCACAAGAUCCAACAGUGGCAUUGUUCAAUGGGACUAACUCCCCUUGCCAUGGCCAGUUUGUUUGGCUGCUGUUGAUCGCCCCGUACAUCAAAGUACAUCAGACUGUUUCAUCUGGUGGGCUUUACUGCAUCUGGCAGGGUUAGGGUUAAUAUUUUCAUUCAGAAUUGAGAGAAAAGAGCCUCCAGUUAUCAUUGUAAAUAACUCCUUUAUUUCCUGUAAAUAUGUACAUUAGGGUUUUAGUCAACACUUUCUUUAAGCAUAUUUGUACCAUAGCACUAAGCAUGAUUUUUUAGUAUAAAAAAGGUGAGACUACUCAAUCCAAAUCCAUCUUGCUCUAUCUGUACAUAAUCUGUCUUGAUUACUAGUUUAACCAACUACAUGUUCAUGUAUGAUAUUGCUUUUGUCUUGUUUUUCUGCAAGAUGAUGGCCGCUAAUCCUGACACCUGUUAGUGUAACUGACACACUGCUGCUUCAGCAACAUACGCUUACAUAAGGCUAAGUGAGUCAAUUUACGUACAAAAAGAAAAUGUGCCUUCAGUGUUUAGUUUCCUGAGGGAUUUUGGCUAGUUACGGAAGAAUCUUUGCCGAGAUAAAUCAAGAAAAUUCUAGGUGUCAGAGACUUCAAGGUUACAGAAUACAUUUUCUCGGGCAAUGAUUACAAAAUCUUGUUUUUUUCUUUGAAUAAGCUCAAGCCAGAAAUAAUAAACUGACAGCUUUUUCCAAACCAAAUUUUUUUUUUCAAGCUGAAAAUUGCCAGAUAACAGUCACUGUAAUUCUUUCAAUAUAACUCUUGACAAAUACAGUUUAAAGGCCACACUGGCGAUCAAACUUUAGCAUUUCUCAUAUCAGGUUGCUUAUAAAGCAAUCACUGAAGUGUUAUUGGUUCUUUUUUUAAUACAACAGUACAUGUACGUGUAUUUUCUUUGUUCUCGAUACACGUGACGGGCUCUGCAUAAAGGUGUAUUAUGUCACAUUUUUUUGAAUUUGAUAUAUAAUUCAUCCCAGUGGCAGUUUGCAUUUUGGACUCAUCUGCCAUGUGCAUAUUCAUAUCAUUUCAUUUUAUCACACAUGCUUUUGAGAUAAUGCUCUCUAUAAACAUAACGAACAGAAACAUUUAACUUAAAUUAGACACUCUCUUGGUUUUCCUUAGCAACAGAGGUUUUCUGGUCAAGCAGUUGGCCUCAAAAUAUUUCCAAAUAUUGUCACCCUCGGCACAUGGAAUGGUCCAUUACGCAUUUUCGCAUUGCACGACUUAAUACACCUUUUCUCAGAGUGGGUCACAUGUUUCUAGUUCCAUGAUGAUAUCUUCACACAUCUGAUUCUAAAAACAUGUGUACACUUGCAGGUUACUUAAAUGCACCACUUGUUCAAUUAUGAAAGAUUCUGGUUUGAACACAAGACAUGGAAGUGGGAUUUUGAGCCUGUGACGUCUGGGGUUAGGAACUCCUUGAGACUGGCCCCUGCGGCCUGGUAGCCUUUUUCCUUCAGAGGUUCAACAUCCGAAGAAAGCCAACGGUCGUUAUGCGAGCACCGUUAAUUUAUUGUUCCCCUUACAGACUACAAGUAGGCAACUUUAUAUCAACCGAUUAGCUGCGCCACUCAGAAUUGCCCAGCCUUCGUCUAUUUUCCCCUUAUUUGCAUGCCUCUGAGACCAGGCAGUGCCUCUGAAUUGCAUAUUACUGUGCACACUCAACUGAAAGCCCAAAAAUCCGUACACGUUUGUGUGCCAAGUUGCUGCGAGGCAGUAAAAACCAACCCUGGCUCUGGGUAGUGGACCACACACAGCACCCUCAACAGCUGUGCGCAAACUCGUCACAGUACUGUUUAAAGUUUCAAAGACACAUACAAGUUUACGAGACCAUUACAAGACACCAGAAUACAGGUACAUACAAACACUUGUACGUGUACACUGAGGGAGAACAUCUUACAUGUUAUGGUUAAAACUACACAAUACACUACAAAUUUAAAUUGUUCCGAGUAGAUACUGAGUCGGUAAACUUUACAAUACGAGAAAAGUACAUGCAUAAAAACCGCAGUCAAGACAAUAGACACUGUACAUACAUGUUUACUUAAUGAGGAAUAUGAGUGCAGAACAACUAGCAUCUAAUUAUAUGUUUCUGUUUGAGCGUUUUUACAAGAAUCGCGUUCAAACGAUGUCAGACCCAGAAUGAAACCAAGCAUGCAUGCAUGUUACUGCACUCAAUGCUUUGAAGUUUGAGCUUCUAAAGAUGAAAGUCCUGACUUUUGAUGUUUGAUGAAGCCAUCUGUAAACAGAAUGCCCAUUUUGUUUUUUUUUGUUUUUGAUUCACUGAGUUUCAUGUUCUAAGACAGUACGCAAAAGGAUAGAUUCCGGUGGGAUUGAAAGUACUUUCAUGAAAUGUCCAUGUAAUGAACGGGUUUCAGGGUUUUUUGGGUUCUCCCUUGCGGCCAAGACCACCGCUAGACUCUAAUUCUCCAACAGAAAA